AUGGAUCGACCUAUUGGCAUGGGAGGCCACUUCACCAAUGUAUUCAAAGACGACAAGUGGCUGCAAUGGCGCCUGGUGCCCUUCAUCUUGAUAUGGGCUGCAUUCGCAGUCUUGUUGCUGGUGCGCAUAUCUCCCCUGCCCUCCUCUGCACCUCCUACUCGACCUACUGACGUGGAUUUCCCCCCGGACAUUCAGAUUUGGUUAUUUGUGACGCUCUUCGUUCCCAACCCACGGAAACCCCACCCAUCAGAGAAGACAUUCACAACGGUCGAUAAAACGGGCGACGUAACAGAUCCAGAACCAUUGCCGUGUUGGUACGAUGAUGCUCUACGAAAAUAUGUCAAGGCGAAGCAAGAAGAUCCAGACAAAGAUAUCGACGUGGAGAAGGAGAUCGAGCCGGCCGAGUUGUUCAUGACACUGGUCAUUCCAGCAUUCAACGAAGAGGACAGACUGACAGGGAUGCUGGAGGAGGCGGUGAAUUUUCUCGAGACGGAGUAUGGGACAUCUUCCGCCACCGCGGAGGUGGACAAAGAAACAGGACAAACGCAGGCCACAGGUCCGCGGCGCAGGAAAGCGAAUGGCGGUGCUGCUGCGGCGUCUGCUGCUUCGCAGUCUCAGCAACAAGACCCCCUUCGAGGCUGGGAAAUCCUCCUCGUCGACGACGGCUCCACGGACGACACGCUUCUCACCGCCCAGACCUUCUCCCGCAAACACAUCCUCCACCCGCACCCCCGACGUGACUCCGGGCCCUGGACGCACCGGUCCCCGACCGGCGUGAAAAUCCCCCCGGGCUCGAUCCGCAUGGUCUCGCUGGAGGAAAACCGCGGCAAGGGCGGCGCCGUAACGCACGGCAUGCGCCACGCCCGCGGCCAAUACGUCGUGUUCGCUGACGCGGACGGGGCGUCCAAGUUCCCCGACCUCGAGAAACUGGUGCGGGUGUGCCGGGAGAUCGAGGACGCCGAGGGCAGGGCCAUCGCGGUCGGCUCGCGCGCGCACCUGGUCGACUCGGAGGCCGUGGUCAAGCGGUCGAAGCUGCGGAAUUUCCUCAUGCGCUGCUUCCACAUGCUGCUCUGGGUCAUGACCCCCCCGGCCACGGCUCGCAUCAAGGACACCCAGUGCGGCUUCAAGCUGUUUUCCCGCCCGACGUUGCCCUACAUCGUCCCGCACAUGCACAUGGAAGGCUGGAUCUUCGACGUUGAGAUGCUCAUGUUGGCCGAGUUUGCAGAUAUCCCCGUGGCCGAAGUGGCCGUGGGCUGGCGGGAGGUGACGGGCAGCAAGUUGAACCUGGUCAGGGAUUCUCUGGGGAUGGCGUGGGGUUUGGCAAUCCUGAGGUUUUGCUGGGGGACGGGGAUCUUCAGGCGGUGA